AUGGGUCAUGAAUAUGGAGGACAACAAAACUUUCAUCAUAAGAUUUCUGUUUUGCUUGAGUUUUCAGCCAAAGAUGAUGUGAUAGCUUUCAGAGAUGCUCUGGAAAAAGAGGAUUGUGAUGUUGAUGAAAUAGGGUUAUGGUAUGGAAAAAAGAUUGGUUCAAACAAAAUGAGUUAUGAAGAUAGAACACCUCUUAUGAUUGCUUCCAUGUUUGGCAGCAAAGAUGUAGUGUCUUAUAUUCUCGAAACCGGUCAUGUUGAUGUUAACCGAGCAUGUGGAUCAGAUAAGGCUACUGCUCUUCACUGUGCUGUAUAUGGCUGUUCUGCUGAUGCUGCUAAGGUUAUCCAGCUUUUGCUUGAUGCAUCUGCAGAUCUUAGUUCUGUUGAUGCCAACGGUAACCGGCCGAUUGACUUGAUUGUCGACAUGUCUGAUAAUAUGUUCGGUUCUAGAAAUACGACACUACGAGCAAUACUAGAAGGUGAAGAUGAUGUUGAAGCAGGUUUCCAAAUGGGGAAUCAAAUGGCGAAGCAACAACAAGGUGGAGAUCCGCCGCAAAUCAAGAAGAAAUAUUAUCCCACGGAUAUAUCCCUACCUGACAUAAAUAACGAGAUCUAUAGUACAGAUGAAUUUAGGAUGUUUUCUUUCAAAGUGAAACCUUGUUCAAGGGUUUAUCCUCAUGAAUGGAUGGAAUGUCCCUUUGUUCAUCCAGGGGAAACCGCAAGGCGCCGUGAUCCAAAGAAAUAUAGCUACACCUGUUUCCCUUGUCCCGAGUUUCAGAAAGGAUCAUGCAACAAAGGGGAUACUUGUGAAUAUGCCCAUGGUAUUUUUGAAUGCUGGCUUCAUCCUGCUCAAUACAGAACAAAGCUUUGCAAGGACGAGGCUGGAUGCACCAGAAGAGUUUGUUUCUUUGCUCACAAACCUGAGGAGCUUCGCCCGUUGUUUGCUUCUACAGGUUCUGCUUUGCCUUUACCCACAUCAGAUUCAUCUAGUGCUUCUUCAUUUUACCCUUUCACAGUGAGCUCUGCGUCUGCUUUACAAUCUGCAUGGAAGCCACCUUUGACUCCAUCUGUAACAUCAUGGCAUGCUGCUAGAUCUGAGUGGCAGACUCAGGCUGCAGUCCCUACAUUUCAGAUGCCAAGAAGAAGUUUGAAAACUGCAGUGAAUGCUAGAGAUAAUACUGAAAUUCAAGAACUUGAAGAUUUCUUUAACAGGAAGCUAACGAUUGAAGAGAUGCCAAGUCAUUCACCCCCUUCAAAUUGGCUCGCAGGAGUGAAUCCUACCAACUUUGAAGGCAUUUUCAGGUCACAGAUACCAUCUCUAACAGCAAUGCAGACGCAUCAGAAUAUGAACCAGCAACUUUGGGGCAAUCCUGCUGACCUUAUCAAUUCAAAUGUGAUUGGAUCACCACAAUUUAGGGUUGAUCUAUCUGUGUAUCCAAAAUAUGAUGCUUUUUCAAAGCGGAGUCAGAGCAUAGCCAGCGUUAAUUCCGAGCUUCCUUCUGCUUCUUCAGUUGCUAUGGAGCCUUCUACCACCUUCCCUGGUUGGGGCUCCCCAGAUGGUAAAUUAGACUGGAGCAUCAAAGCCGGUGAGCUGAAUAAGAUGAGAAAAUCUUAUUCAUCCGGCUUUCAAAACUGA